CUCCACUUUGUGGGGAGCUAAAAAGAAAGUCGCCGCGCUUUUCAUAGACUCAGUUGCUUUUCGCGCUUGGAAUUGUAAACAGUGAUUUGCGGUGUGAUUUCGGUAUUCGUCAGCAACAUGCGCUGGUGGUGGAACAUCAUUUUGGUCAAUCUAACUCUGCGGACAGUGUGCUGCAACAAGUCCGCCAACUCCAUGGAUCGCGACCAACAAAGACUGGUAUUGGCACGGCAAAAUUUCCUUGUUGGCAUCGCCAGCCUAGCAGCAGUGCACGAGACAAUCAACACUCGAUGUGGUCAAGAACUUGAAAUGUUGCUCCAAGCCGUAGAAGAUCGUGAAGUUUGGGCCAUGAAAGUUGUAGACAAUUUCGGUACAAUUCCAAAGUCAUUUACCUGGGGCAACUAUUUCUGGUUUGGCGCGCCCGAUUUAUGUGACGAUCUCAACAAGGCGAACUUCUUAAAUCUGGCACAUUCUCGGCCUAUAAUUAUCAAUGCUACCAGCCCAAUGUCUAUGGCUCUUAUGGUGGUAUAUAUGAACUAUACCACACCCUACGAUGUUGACGUGAAACUUCCCUUCGAGAAUCUGAUUCAUGUGGGUCUUUGCCUGCCCGAAUCCUGCAAUACCACAAGGAUACGCCAAGUGGCCGACACAUAUUUCCAACAGCAUAGCUUUAUAGCGCAACAACAUUUUGAUCUGGAAAUGAAAUCCGUCGAAGUGAAAACCCUUCAUUUUUCCCCAUCGCACUAUUUUUCCUACAUUGGCAGUGUUUUGUAUAUGUUCAUCGUUUUCUUUAGCUUCUCAAUGCCCGCCAUUGUCAAAGCCAUACAGUCCAAUAAGCAAACCACCAAAAAGCAGCUUCCCUCCUCGCUGGGCCAAAAAGUUGAAAAGCUUAGUGGUGAGUUGCGAUGUGAACAGCAGCAGCAGCAACGCGUAUUCGACCACAACCAAAGCUCAGUGUGGCGACAGCUUUUGGAGUGCUUUAAUAUAACGGCCAAUUACGAGACUUUUACCAGCUUGGAGAAUUCAAAUCGCAAUUCGGUAUUUUUGAGUGCGAUGGCGGGCUUGCGCAGCAUCAUCUGCAUGUGGAUCACUGUGUUCCACGUCUACUACUAUUCGGUGUUCGCCUUGUCCAAUGCCCCAUACCUUUUUACAAGAUUGGAAAAAUUCGUCUUCCAGCCAGUGGUGCAGGCGUGCUUCUAUGUCGAUGUGUUUUUCGUUAUGAGCUCAUUCCUAUUGGUUUUCAAUUUUCUAUCGAACGACAAACACUUGCGAAAGAUAGCAGUCUCCAGUUGGUGGGAGAGUAUCAAAAUGUUCCUUAGCUCGGUUAUGCAGCGUUACAUGCGAUUGACUCCAGUUAUGAUUGUCAUAAUGCUGAUGACUACAACCCUAUCGAAUUUCCUCAACAUGUAUUCCCCCUUUCGAAUGGCCGAACAUAGUGGCUACCAUUGUGCAAACAAUUGGUGGUACAAUAUGUUGUAUAUUCAAAACUUUCUCGAUAUGAACACCAUUUGUGGCUCCUGGACUUGGUAUCUGGCCUGUGAUAUGCAGUAUUUCGUCCUUUUCACGGCCCUGCUCUAUGUUCAUGCUAAGCAACCAACAGCGGGAAAAAUCAUAUUUGUCAUAUUUGCCAUAGGAUCGGUGGUCAUCGGUUGGAUAAGCUACUACAUCAGUGGAAUAACGUUUGAAACCGAUGUCAUCUAUAGUACCCUCAACGAAGUGUACGUAAAGCCCUGGGUCCGAAUUCCUCCCUACAUUGGAGGUUCAAUAAUGGGCUGGGUGAUGUACAAAAUGCAACAGAAACGAAGCCAAACUGUCGGACACCAGGAACAUCAUCAGUCGUGGUUGCACUCCCCCAACAGAGCUAUGCGAAAGAUCUUCUGGAUGUUUUGCUUUGUGAUUUACAUCUCCACGAAUUUCAUGAGUUAUUGGCGCUCAACGCCCACAUGGGCAGUGGCCACUAUAAUGUCGGUGGGUAAAAUAAUAUUUGCUCUCUGUGCCGGUGGCGUUAUCAUCGAGUGCUCCCGAGAGCGCGGCGGGCUAUUUAAUAGACUGCUCAGUGCCAGACCAUUUUUGUUUUUGAACAAAUUCUGCUACAGCAUCUACAUGGUGGCACCGAUCAUUGUGGGUGCCAUGUUUGGCUUGCGCAGGGAACCGACGAAUUUCACCGAGGUUGGAUCUUCGUGUGAUUUCAUAGCCAUAACUGUGCUGUCCAUUGUAUCAGGAAUGCUGCUUUACAUACUUGUCGAACUGCCGUGGCAAAGGGUUUCCAACAUUUUACUCAAACCAAAAACCUAAAAUCCCCAACUAGUAUUAGUACAUCAAGUAUUUAGAUUAAGGACAUUGUAUUUCAACCCUGAUAGUGAUAAGACAUACUUGUAUGCCGAAGGAAGUUUAUAAAACACCUGUUCGGAGAAGUGAUGCA